AACUAUCCAUUUUUGUAAGUGUCAUCGAUACAUCGAUAUUUAAGUAUCACAAUCAAGAUGCAACACACAAGGCGCAUGCUGAAUCCCCUCUUGAGCGGCCUGCGAAAUUUGCCUGCACGCGGGGCAACAACGACGGCAGCGGCGCCCGCCAAAGUUGAAAAAACUGUUAACACGGUGACCAUUUUGGGACGAGUUGGAGCCGAUCCGCAACUCCGUGGAUCCCAGGAGCAUCCGGUGGUCACCUUUUCGGUAGCCACACACACCAACUACAAAUAUGAGAACGGCGACUGGGCCCAGCGCACGGACUGGCAUCGUGUAGUGGUUUUCAAGCCCAAUCUGCGUGAUACCGUGCUGGAAUACCUGAAGAAGGGACAGCGCACCAUGGUGCAGGGAAAGAUCACCUACGGAGAGAUCACUGACCAGCAGGGCAACCAGAAGACGAGCACCAGCAUCAUAGCCGACGAUGUGUUGUUUUUCCGUGAUGCCAACAACUAAAAUUUAAGCCCAGAACACCAAACAUAAUCUUAAGCGAAAAGUUGAACUUGCAGCAUUAUAAGCAUUUAUAAAACUCGUUGGAAAUAUAUAUAAUCUAAUAGA